AUGGGCUUUGGAAUUGGUCUUCUGUUCAUGGAACCUCUAUCAGAAGUUGUCGGUCGUCGACCCAUAUACUGCGUCAGCAUGUUUCUCCACUUCAUCUUCACCUUGCCAAGUGCCCUGGCAAAGAAUGCGGCCACUCUGGUCGUCGCGCGCAUGAUCGCCGGUUUGGCUGCUUCUGCACCUAUGUGCAAUGUCGGUGGAAGUAUAGCAGAUGUCUGGGCCAUCGAAGAACGAGGAGUCCCCAUGGCCGUUUUUUCUGGCACUCUAUUAUUGGGUCUUGUUCAUCUUCCUCGGCGUCUCAUUCGCCUUAACGCUCUUUAUUCCUGA